GUAUAGAGAUGAUGCCGCUUAUCUUUUUGUCCUAUUUCUUUAAUGGAAGGUGAUCACAGAUGGUGCACAGGUUUGGACAGUGUUGGUAGAGAAGAGGGGGAGAGCUACUAAGUCAAGCGGCACUGGGAGACCUACAAGCAUUGGGUCCAGACCGAGCAACAAAAGCACGCUCUGUGUUCCAAGAUUUUGCUGCACCUGCUAUGAAUGUAGCCCCCCCAGACAUGCUGACUCUAACCCGGCAGAUGGAGGACCUCAUGAUAAAAGAAAUGAGAACAUGGUGGGAUCACCAAACCUUAACCACGUACCUGGAGAAAAGUUUGGUCCCACGUGGCCUAAGACUGAAAAAAAGACCAGUCAAGAACUAUUCCCAAAAAUGUAUUAAUAAAUGGGAUUUGGCUCUCCUGGAUUGCUCUGCGAAACUGAUAUCCUAUAUCAUUGAAGAAGAGGAAUCAGAGCUUCAAACCAUGCAAAAGGAGCUAGACACACUAAAAGAAUCACUGUUGCCAUAUAAGAAUCAUGAAGAGUUUGCCAAGUUGGAACAAAGUAUCCUCAAGAAAUUGGAUCUAGUGGAAAGUAAUAUUAUGGAGAUCAAAAAAACGAAAUUCCCCAGAGAUACGGAGGAUUACAAUAAUGAUCAAGUUUUUUCUUGGCACCUUCAUAGAGAGGCGCAAGGUGACACCCCGAAAUCCAUCUUGCGUACUCCACGCUCCAAAUCUAGGCGCAGACGCAGGCCAAGCUCAAGAUCCCCCAGAAGAGUGAGCUUUUCUGAAACAGGAGGCCCACAAGACGUGGGAUCUUCAGCAAUGAAUACUGAUUCCAAUGUGAAUAGAAACAUGGAGCAAAGUGCGGCUCCAAAAAACCGAUGGGGCCAAAAAGGAGACGAAAAACCAGGAGGGCCGGCCGCCGACAUCGGAGGCAAGAGAUAUGCCUUGAGGUCACUCCUCACUCCGAGGUGAGCACAGUUAUAAAUUUAUCUGCGUGUACCCUUACUACUCCCCAAAUUACCCUGCUGAGCAAAGGACUGAACUUUGUACCUACUUGCACAUUUAAUUUAUUUAACACCUUGUUGGAUGUCAAUAGACUAGCACGAGGAUUAACAUUACAGAGACACUUUUUUUCAUUAGAAGAUGAUAAUCAG